AUGUUACGUUAACAUGCUAACAAUAGGCUACAUGCUAUUUUAGCUGCCUUUAGCUCUGCAGGUAAUUUUAGCAUUUACAUGAGUUAUUUCACACUGUUGCAGUAGGUCAACAUGCUAGUGCUAGCAGCGCUCCUUCUCCUGCCAAGUCUGGUUUGACAAAUAGAAACAUUUCACGAAAAAAUCGUGAAUAUUUUUUUUAAAACAGUAAAAUUUGUAUUAAGUGCUGGAUUAUGAGUUGUUGGACUGAAUACUCGCGAAGGUGCAUGAAAUUGUAAAACAUGAGGUAUUUGGUGCAUGUUCUCUUGUUAGACCAGUUUCCAUAGAAACGUAAACAAAACGAACCGUGAUUUGGGUCGGCUUCCCUACCUUUUACCCGAAGUUAACGGAGAUAAAUCUUUACCGUGCCGUCGUCAGCAUGGAUCCCCAGAAAAGCCGCUCAGAGUAUGACGAGAGUCGCAAAAAUCCCGUAAGUCUGGCCGAACAGUGGAAAGACCUGUGCGUAAAAGAGAGGAGCAUAGCACUGGGAUGGGAUGAGACCUGGGGCGCUGUCCUGGGUUGUGGCACACAGGAUGCCCCAAUGGAGGAGAAGUCUUUACCGAAAAAUCUUUCGGUCUAUUCCGAGAUCGUCCCCAACACCGCCAAUCAAGUGUAUGGCAGCAGGCAGAUCAUGCCUCACGGGAAGGAGAUGAACAGACAGGACGGGUUGCCACUCUUUCACGGAAGCUACAGAGGAAAGAAGAAGGCUGCAGAGAAGGAACCAUCAUAAAAGCAUAAAUAAGACGUCAGUGAUGACUCCGUGUCCUUUGUCAAAAAAAAAAAAAAGGAGGCAAGCCUGUCAUAUACCUCUUGAGAUGAACUUGCAAAUGCACUGAAAGAAAAAAAAAUGUAUUUGCUGCUCCAUUUACUGCCAGAUCUAUCCAGGACUUCAAGGAAACGAGCAAAAAAGAAGUGGCUGUCAAUCCUUAAACCAACGAAGAGAUUGCUUUUCACAUUUUUACAGGACAAUCACGGACUUCAAUUGUGUUUAUUGAACUUAUGUGAUAAACUGACACAAA